AGCUUAGUGAGUUAAACAGAUGGAGGAAUGGACCUUCCUUUCUCAAACAGAAUAUUAACGAAUGGCCAUGUUCCUUGAUUACCGGCCCACCUGAGGACUCCACCGAAAUGAGGAAUGCCACCUUUUGUGGAAGUCUUGUAAUGGAGCAGCACACUAGACUUCCAGAUCCCAGUUUUUUCCAGUCUUGGAAUGAUUUAGUUAAGGCUACCAUCCAGGAUCUUCAUGGGGCGGCUGAUGGGAAUUCAAGUGCUUAUUCCUCAGCAGAAACCUGGAGGGAGACGGAAGUUGAACUCCUAAGAAGAGCUCAACAGAGCAAUUUCCCUGUAGAAGUCAAGAAUCUUCAAUCAGGAGUGGAAAUACCUCUAAGCAGUCGCUUGAGGACAUUAUCACCAGAAUUCGACCAUACAUUGGGUCUCAUUCGAGUUGGUGGCCGACUAAGAAGAAUAGAGGGUUUUAAUGAGGAAGGCAUCCAUCCUAUUGUACUGGACCCAAGUCACCCAAUAACUAAACUGCUCAUUCAGAACUAUGAUGAAAAACUUUUGCACCCAGGCCCAGAGCGGGUGUUUGCGGAGGUAAGACGAAAAUAUUGGAUAUUAAGGGGUUGCGAGGCUAUCAGACGACAUCAGCACCAAUGUAGGGAAUGCCAGCGUUGGCGUGCCACCACUCAGGCUCCAAAGAUGGCGGAUCUACCUCCAGCACGACUACGGCUAUUUAAGCCACCCUUUUGGUCCACAGGGGUUGAUUGCUUUGGUCCCUUUACGGUGAAAAUUGGGCGGAGGACGGAAAAACGUUGGGGAAUUAUAUUCAAAUGUAUGACUACUCGUUGUGUUCAUUUAGAUUUAAUUGAAAAUUUAGACACUGAUGCAUUUCUCAUGGCUUUCCGUCGGUUUGUGUCAAGAAGAGGCCAGCCUGCUGAACUUCUGUCUGACAGAGGUACAAAUUUUCGAGGAGGAGAAGCUGAGUUAAAGGAAGCUAUUACUGCCAUGGCACCUUCCUUGCAGGAGCAACUUGCUAAGCAACAAGUGAAAUUUCAGUUCAACCCACCAAGUAGUCCACAUUUUGGAGGGACCUGGGAACGGGAAAUCAGAUGUGGCAGAUCCUGACCCAAUAACACCGAAUCUGUUGCUCAUGGGGCGGCGAGAUGCUUCACUACCACAGGUAGUUUACCCUCCAGAUGAUUUGCUGGGACGACGGCGAUGGCGUCACAGUCAGAUUUUAGCUGAUCACUUCUGGAGUAAUUUUGUCAAGAAUUACUUACCUGGUCUACAGCUCCGUCAGAAAUGGCAGACUGAAUGUGAUGAGUUGAAGGUUGGAGAGGUAGUCAUGAUUAUUGACGCGCAACUCCCAAGAGCGUCAUGGCCAAGCGGUAAAAUCAUUGAAACCUACCCAGGACCUGAUGGUCGCAUACGUACAGUGAAGAUUCAGGUGAAGGAUCGAGUGUAUGUCCGACCCACAGUAAAAUUAGUCAGGCUUCCAGCUGUUGAAGACUGUGAUGGAUAUAGACCAGAUGGGUGAUGGUGACUUUCUUCUUGAAGUACAAAUUUGUGCUAACAAAUUUGGGGGCGGCUAUGUCAGAAAGUCCAUUGUCAGGUUGAAUUGCGACCUCUAAUGGCAAUAUAUUAGAAACACUUGUAAAACUUUUCUUACAUAUUUCCGGGUGAAAGUUC